AUGGAUUUAAAUUCAGAUGAAUUCUUUUUUGGAAUAAAUAAGUCUUUGUAUUUUAAGACAGAAGAGUAAAAGAAUGAAAUAAAAAAAAUGGAUCCAGAGUAUAUAACUCGAACGUAUUUAAUAAUAAAAUGUUAAGUGGAACUGAUUUUGUAUUAUUACCAAAUUCACCUGAAUUCAUAAAUCACAAUGAACCAUUUGAACCAAUGUAUAUUCCAAAGUAAACAAUAUUGGAGGAAAGUUUAAGAAGAGAAAUAGAAAGGAUAUGUUUUGCAGAUACUUUAUUAAAUAAAGUGGUUUUUGAUUGUGCAGAUCCUAGUCCAUUUAAUAAG